AUGGAAGUGCCUGAAGGCCUGGGAGUCAACAAGAAUAUUCAUGCAGAGAAUUCGACCCUUGAUCCGGAGGACGGAGAGCACCGGGGCUUGGUGAGAGUGAGGGUGGAGGAGAGCUGGUUCGCUGUGCAGCGGGCUUUGCUAGUAAGGCACAGUAACUACUUCUGUGCCCUCUUUCAAUCUGGGAUGACAGAAAGUCUCCAGGACGAGCUCCACCUGAAGGGAGGUGUACGUGCAAGGGGUUUCCUCAUCGCCCUCGCCGUCUGCAGGGGUGAGGCCCCCUCCAUCAGCGACCCGGAUGAGCUGGUAGAAGCUGUAGAGUGUGCUGCAUUCCUGCAGGUCGCGUGUUUGGUGCAGCAUCUUUGUGACAUUAUUGACUCGGACAACUGCCUCUUGCUAUACCAUGCAGCCUCCAUCUUUGGGGUGCAUGCGCUAUUUCACAGUGCUGCUCUUUUCCUUUGCGAUGCUUUUGAUGAUUUGAAGGAAGCAGCUGAGAGUACGAUACCUGAUGACCUUCUUAAAUAUUCUCAAUCAUUGUCUCCUGCUUCUUAUAUUGCUAUAGGCACACACUCUCCUUCCAUGGAACUGCUACAGGACUCCUUUAGGGUCGUUUGCUACCUUGAUGAAAAAGAGGGAGACUGGAAGCAUCUGACAAACCUCCCAACUCUCUGUAGCACCUCCAUGGCCGGAGUGGCAGUGCUUGACAAUCGAUUGUAUAUUGUAGGGGGAGUUUAUGGUUACGGUAAGGACACAGUGGACAGUAGCUUUUGCUACAACCCUGACUCAGGAGUUUGGAAUACUCUCCCAGGUCCUCAGCAACUAAGAUAUGACUUCACCUUGCUGGGGCUAGAGGGCCGACUCUACGCCAUUGGGGGCGAAUUCCAAAAACGGACGAUUUCCACAGCAGAGAGUUACAACAUUGAGAAAGGAGAGUGGACAUGUAUACAACAUGCACCGAGACCUGUUGCAUCUGCAGCUUGUGCUGUUGUAAGACAGCGGAUGUUUGUUUGCUUCUGGAAACCACCAGACACCACAGAUAUCUAUGAAUACAUACCGGCAAAAGACGAGUGGAAACUUGCGACCACCAUGAUCAAAGCCCAGAGCUAUGGCCAUUAUAUGGUAGCACACAGAGACAAUUUAUAUGUAAUGCGCAACGGACCUAGUGACGACUUCCUGCGCUGUCUAAUGGACUGCUACAACAUCACGACAGGCCAGUGGACAGCCCUGCCCGGACAAUACAUCAACAGCAAGGGGGCGCUGUUCUCUGCAAUGAUAAGGGGGGACUCCGUGUUCACAGUGAAACACAUGCUAACUCUUGAAUACACCAUCGCUGGGGAUAGAUGGAAGCCCCGCAGGCAGAUGAAGGGGUUUCCGAAGAGUGGUUCGCUGUGGACGUGUUUACUCAGGCUUCCCAAGUCUGGAGCAGUUAUACCACAGCUGGAUGCAGAAGGGGAAGAAGAAGAGAUUUCUUUGCCAGACAAAUCUGAGGGAAUUGCAAAUGUGAUAUAA